AUGUGUCGGGCUACCGGUCAUGCGGGAUCCAAGACUAUGGCUGUAGUCGGCCGCAACCCGAACCAGUCACUGCGCUGGAUCUCCACGACGGCAGCUGCUGGCGACGGCAUAAGCCAAUCCGCACGCAGCACCGCGAGCUACCCGGCCCCCCAGUCCGACCCCUUCCUCAUCGAGGUCAACGUCCGUCCCCCCGGCACCGGAGGCACCUGGUCCACUCUGUAUACGUACGGGGUGGACCUCGGCGCCCUCCAGCUCCUGCGCGCGGUGAAUGACCGCGACCGCUUCCGCGCGCUGUCGAGCCCGUCUCUCUUCCCGGGGGGCCAUCAUCCCGGCGACGGCGGGGGCGCGCAGUACUGGAAUGCACACUGCAUGAUCCCGGUGCAUCGCGACUGGGUGAGGGUGCCGGGGGACUUCUUUGAACAGGUGUACGAGGCGAUACCCAAGAUCGUGCCGCAUGUGUCACGGGCGGAGCUGUCAGUCGCACCAGGAACACUGUUUUCUUCGGCUGGGGAGGUUCCGUGGAUUGGGUAUCCGUUGAUGCAUUCGAGGGUCAGUCAACGGCAAUUGCUGGAGAUGUAUGCGCGGUUUGCGGGGGGUUGUAGGGUGGUUUUGGACGCUACGAGUGGAGAUGAUCUUGUCUCUUAG